UCCAGCUUUCUCAAGCCAGCUCCAAGUAUUCUUCUCUUUCCUCCCUCGACUUAAUCUUGAGCUUCAAUUUGAGUGCGUAGCUGGCAUCAAUGGCUUCAGUUGAGGAAAUUAGAAACGCUCAACGUGCCAAGGGUCCGGCCACCAUCCUAGCCAUUGGCACAGCUACUCCCGACCACUGUGUCCACCAGUCUGAUUAUGCUGAUUACUAUUUCAGGGUCACUAAGAGCGAGCACAUGACUGAGUUGAAGAAGAAGUUCAAUCGCAUAUGUGACAAAUCAAUGAUAAAAAAGCGUUACAUUCAUUUGACCGAAGAAAUGAUUGAGGAGCAUCCAAACAUUGGUGCUUAUAUGGCUCCAUCUCUUAACAUACGCCAAGAGAUUAUCACGGCUGAGGUACCUAAGCUUGGUAAGGAAGCAGCAUUGAAGGCACUUAAAGAGUGGGGCCAACCAAAGUCCAAGAUCAUCCACCUUGUAUUUUGUACAACUUCAGGUGUAGAAAUGCCUGGUGCUAAUUAUAAACUUGCUAAUCUCUUGGGUCUUGAAACUUUAGUUAGAAGAGUUUUGUUGUGCCAUCAAGGGUGCUAUGCAGGUGGAACUGUCAUUCGAACCGCUAAGGAUCUUGCAGAGAAUAAUGCAGGAGCAUGA